AUGACACGUGGUGGCGGUGGUGGCCUCGGAGGUGGUCACGGCGGUGGCCUCGGAGGAGGCGGUGGUCACGGAGGCGGUCUCGGGGGAGGAAACGGCGGCGGUCACGGCGGGGGUUUGGGCGGUGGAAACGGCGGUGGAUUGGGAGGCGGAAACGGCGGUGGAUUAGGAGGCGGUCACGGAGGCGGCCUUGGCGGUGGAAACGGCGGUGGUCACGGAGGCGGCCUCGGCGGUGGAAACGGAGGUGGUCUAGGCGGUGGACACGGCGGCGGUCUCGGAGGAGGCGGUGGUCACGGCGGCGGUCUGGGAGGCGGAAACGGCGGCGGUCUGGGCGGCGGUAACGGCGGUCACGGAAGCGGUGGCUAUGGCGGUCACGGCGGAUAUGGCGGUUCCAGCGCCAGCUCCAGUGCUAGCGCUCACGCUAGCUCGGGAGGCAAAUACGGGUGA